GAGAGAGAGAGAAAGAGAGAGAGAAAGAGAGAGAGAAAGAGAGAGGAAAGAGAGAGAGGAGAGAGAGAGAGGAGAGAAGGAGAUGAGAGAGAGGAGAGGAGAGAGAGAGAGAGGAGAGAGAGCUGAACACACGAGGAAACGUUUUAAUUCGGCAAGCAGAAGCGCGAAUGUGGACCCAUUACCUUGCCACCAUUUACCAGGAGAUUAUUUGACGCUUGUGAUCUACCACGCGUCAAAGGAUCAGCUCGGCUAGAGUGUUAUUGAGUUUGGUUUGGACCAUUGCAAGGUGAGAUGGCUUGCAGGUUGGGGCUCCCCCACGGCAGUUCCCUGCACAGAUGCAUGCUGGUCCUGACCUUCCUGCUCCUGCUGUGUGAGAUUGUUGUCAGCCACCUCUGUGACUCCCUAAUCACCAUGGUGGACGUCUUCCACACCCUCUUCAUCCUCAUGCACAUGGCUCUUCCUCUUGCUCAACCCACCCUGGGCAGAGGCCCCCCAAAACCGCCACCUGCCUCCCCUCUCUCCACCUCCACCUCCAUCACCUCCACCCCCACUCAGUCACCUGUCAAAUCUCCCCCAUAUGCCUUAACCAUCUCCUGUGUCUCCCCCAUCCCUUCCAGCUCAGCUUCCUGUCCCUCUCCUCCCCUCUCAACCCCUGUCCUCACCACCACUUCCCAGUUUCCUUCCAAACCUCUCACCCCUACAACCACCCAUUGUUUCUCCCCUGACCACUCUGAGUCCAACCAGCUAACCUCUUAUCCCCAUCCCACCCUGUCUGUUCCAGCCAACCCUUUUCCCCGACGCUUCCCCCCUCAGGCCUCCCUGUGUGGCCUGUCCUACAGUGAAGCGAGGGUCCAGCCCCUGGGGGCUCUGAUCUCAGCUCUCCUGCUGGCUGCCCUGUGUGUCUCUGUCUCUCUGGAUAUCCUCAGCCACACCCUGCAGCCCCACCCUAUACAGCGCCCUCUUUUGGCCACGGUGAUGGGGGUUGUCAGCCUGCUCUACAACCUCCUGGUGCUGGGACUCAGCUGGGGUAGCUGGCUUGGGACCAAGACUAGAGCUGCCUGGGAGGGGGAGGAGAGAUCUGUCCUUGGUGUGAAUGGAAAAGUCAAGGCCGAGGUCCAGACCAAAGACAGCACUGGAGUGGGUGGAGAGAAUGACCUCCGUAACCUCACUACAUCUCUGGAUGGUGCCUCCCAAGAUGGAACACUUGUACUCUGUAACCCUGGAACCUCCAGUGUCCUGAACCCUGACAGUGACUCUCAGCACCCACCCCAGACAUCCCUACUCCGUACCGUGGCCCCUCAGGGUCCCCUUUCAGACCACUGCCAUGGAGCACUCACACCCCCUGCAGACUCACACACACUCCCUGCAGACUCACACACACUCCCUGCAGACUCACACACACUCCCUGCAGACUCACACACACUCCCUGCAGACUCACACACACUCCCUGCAGACUCACACACACUCCCUGCAGACUCACACACACUCCCUGCAGACUCACACACACCCCCUGCAGACUCACACACACCCCCUGCAGACUCACACACACUCCCUGCAGACUGCAGAACUGCAGAGACACCAAACAACUUCCCAAAUCCAGAGUCCAGUGGCUGUCAUCCAAAGUACCCCAACUCUGAGGUGUCUAAGUGUGUGGGACACAGAGAUAAUCAGACAGACCCCACCACAGUCUCAGCCCUAAAGUCAGAAAGCCCCACAAGGCUCAGAGUUCAACUUCCCGCCUUUCUCCCAUCCCUCAUCACCCUCACCCAGGCACUGCUGGGCUCCAUCCUGGCCCUCACCAACGGGCUUACCCUGCUACUCCUGGGCCCAGACUGCCUGCAUGGCUCUGUGGCCUGUGGCCCCUUCAUCUACCUGGACCCUGGCUUCUCCAUGGUGGCUGUGGUGGUGCUGCUGGCCACCGCUCUGCCCCAGGUGUGCCGUUACGGUUGGCUGCUGCUCCAGGCCAGCCCAUCCCAGGUUUGUGUGUCUGAUCUGGGCCGACGGAUCGCCAGUGUGCCAGGGGUGCAGGCGGUGCACGACCUCCACGUGUGGCAGCUGACAGAGAGCUGCCUGGUGGCGUCUGUACAUGUCCACUGCCACGCUGGGUUCCAGAUACACAGGUGUGGUGAUCUGAUGUCGGGGGUCACCAAGGUGUUACAGAGUGUAGGUGUGAGCUGCUGUACCGUACAACCAGAGUUCCUCCUCUCCACUCCCUCAGCCAACGGCAACAUGGAUAACAACAACACCAACCGCACCAUCAUCCAUAGGGAGAUUCCCCCACUGCCCUCACACCUGGCCUGCAGCCUGGCCUGUGGGAAGGGCUGUGUUGGGAGGAUGUGCUGUGCUCCUCUGGAGGAAGGGUCUACAGAGCCACUGGCACCCCCUGCUGGGGAAACUGAGGAGCCUCACGUGCUGAUCAUAGAGAACGCCUUUCUUUGAGGGAAGGACCUUUGCCCUAGGAUGUAUCUCAGUAAUGAAGAGUGGGCUCCUUGCCUUCUUUCCUUCAUAUGAAUGUGAUGUGAGAUGUUGAGGACUGAAGGGGAGUAAACCACUUUGGGAAAUUAAGAUACAGCCUGGGGAAUGAAUAUAAUAUAUUAUUAUUGUCAGAAUAUUCUGAAAGACUUCGUCCCCAUGUCAUUGAGGUCAUUUUAGAAAGCUAGAUAGCCUAAUGUAAGAAUUAGGCUCUCAGGUAAAGAGUAGAAAUCACAGUAGUCAUUAUGCUUGUGUGUGUGUCUUGGGAUGGGAUAAUUAACAUCAUUCCUAUGGGUGCUCAGAAAGUGCCUGUAUGUUUACUGUAUAUAAUGUAUAAUCUAUGCAUGUAGUACAUCAUUAUGCCGGUAUUGUAUUUCAUUGUAUUAACACGGUGCCAUACCAAAGACACAGUAGGUUGUAAGCCAAGUCACUCACCCUAUGAAGAAUUGAUUCAAUAAUGCCAUUUCAAACAUAUUUUCACUUCCAUUAUUGCGCAUUGAUGACAUAGUUCUGUCUUGUCAUUCACAUUUUGUGUACAUUGAACGUUUAGGUUCUGUCAAACGAUCACAGGAAUGAAUCGAGUUAAUGGCAUCAGAAUUUUUGGGGAGUAUUUUCACCAUAAACAACAGAAAUCACAGAAAUCACGGAAACAUACAGCUAGCUAUUAAUGCUCCCAAUGUUUAAGUAGGCCUUUAAGUGUGUUUAAGUAUCAAUCUUAUCAAUGUUCUAGAAGUUUAACACUUUCUCACACACACAGACACACACACACACACACACACACACACACACACACACAAACAGCUUUAAGUGCUGUUAGUUUGUUUUUAUCGCUUUGAAUAUGUAAUGAGUACAUUGGUAUAAUCACCGUAACACAACAUCAUUAUAUCUUUUCAAUGUAGUCGUUUUAACAACCAGCUAAUCCAAUAGCAAACAAUGCAAAGUACAUGUUUCAAAUCGCCCUUAGAAGUGCUGAAAGUAAUAUGCUACAGUACUGUAAAUUACAGUAGAUUACACCGUUUUCACAUUAGGUAAUACACUUACGUUACCCAACGAAAUUGACAGAAAAUCUAUCAUUUCCGUAAUACAGUAAUCAAACGUGUGAUCAAUGAAGACAUCCUCUACAAUCAUUCAUGCAAAAAAAAGAUACAAAAUAUAAUACCAACAUAGUACAACUAUCUGUAAUCAAAUGUAAGAAAUUAAAUUAAACAAAUUAAAUGAAUGAAAAUAAAACAUAACGUUUAGCA